ACGAAGAGAGGCCAGGUGUGUUUGUGUGGAUAUGUGCGUUUGAAAGGAGCUGGAAGGAAGGAUCUUAUCAUCUCGACACAGAAGUUUUGUUUAUAGGACAUGGAAUCCCCAGAGAGCCCCCCUGGGAUUAUGGGGUUGCUAAAAACCUUUGACUCCUCUGAGUUUGGGAGUUGGGAAAAGAUAGGAUCCGGAGGGUUUGGACAAGUAUACAAAGUGCGGCACGUACAGUGGAAAACAUGUCUGGCAAUCAAGUGCCCUCCGAGUCUACACGCGGAUGAGAAGGAGCGUGCAGAGCUGUUGGAGGAGGCCAAGAAGAUGGAAGCGGCCAAGUUCCGCUACAUCCUGCCGGUGUACGGGAUCUGCAGCGACCCGCAGGGGCUGGUGAUGGAGUACAUGGAGACGGGCUCCCUGGAGACGCUGCUGGCGUCCGAGACACUGCCCUGGGAGCUCCGCUUCCGCAUCAUCCAUGAGACGGCCGUGGGCAUGAACUUCCUGCACUGCAUGAACCCCCCACUGCUGCACCUGGACCUCAAACCCGCAAACAUCCUGCUGGACGCGCACUACCAUGUCAAGAUUUCUGACUUUGGGCUGGCAAGGUGGAAUGGUUUCUCCAGGGCCGAUGACAUCAGCCGUGACGGCUUCUGUGGCACCAUCGCGUACCUGCCGCCAGAGAGGAUCAUAGCCAAAGACAGGGUCUCAGACACCAAGCACGAUGUGUACAGCUUCUCUAUUGUCAUCUGGGGAAUACUCACACAGAAGAAGCCAUAUCACGGAGAGAACAACAUCCUGCACAUCAUGGUGAAGGUGGUGAAGGGGAUGAGGCCGGAGUUGGGGGCCGUGCCCCGCUGCCGCCCCCCGGCCUGCGCAGGCUUCAUGGCGCUCAUGCAAAAGUGCUGGCACCACUCCCCCCAGGCCAGGCCCAGCUUUCAGGAGAUCACAUCUGAGGCUGAAGAGCUGUGCUCUAAACCCCAAGAAGACUCUAAAGGCCUAGCUGGUGAACCAGAGACCAGCCUCUGUCAUGGACAAAGCCGGGCAGAGCAGGAGAAAGAUGUGAGGCCAGUGCGGCCCAAGUCUGCCGUGCUGCCGGAUAAAGACUACAGCCUGUCGGAAUUGCUGAGCCAGGUGGACUCUGGGAUUUCCCGGAGCUUUGACCGUGUCAAGGAGGAAAGCUCCCAGUGCAAGGACACCACCAGCAAGAGGCUUUCAGGCAUCUCCUCUGUGGACUCUGCCUUCUCUUCCCAGGGCUCCAUCACUUUGUCCUUCGAGAGAGAAAAUUCAGCCAGUGAUUCUGGGACACUGGACGUGCAGAGGAAAAAGCUGUGUGAGGCCAUCAAGACGCAGGACAUUGCCAAGCUGAUGAAGAUCCUGCAGCCCCAGGACGUGGACCUGGUGCUGGAAGGGGGCUGCAGCCUGCUCCACUAUGCCAUCCAGCUGUCAAACGAGGAGGCGGUCAAGUUUCUACUCCUGAACAACGCCAACCCCAACCUGCCCAAUGCCAAGGGCUCCACAGCGCUCCACCUGGCCGCCGAGAAGAGGCUGAAGAACAUGGCGGAGCUGCUGCUGGGGCGCAAGACCAACGUCAAUGCCAAGGACGAGGACCAGUACACCCCGCUGCACUUUGCCGCCCAGAACGGUGACGAGACCAUCACCCGGCUGCUGCUGGACAGAAACGCCUCCAUCAACGAGGUGGACUUCGAGGGGCGCACCCCGUCCCACAUCGCCUGCCAGCACGGCCAGGAGAAUGUGGUGCGCGUCCUGCUCAGCCGGGGGGCCGACAUCCACGUGCGUGGCAAGGACGACUGGACGGCGCUGCACUUUGCCGCCUGGCAGGGCCACCUGUCCAUCGUCAAGCUGCUGGCGAAGCAGGCCGGGGCCGACGUCAACAGCCAGACCUCGGACGGGAGGACCGCGCUGCACCUGGCCUGCCACCGGGGGCAGUAUCGGGUGGCGCGGAUCCUCAUCGAGCUGGGCGCCAACAUCCACGUCACCGCCGCGGGCCUGCGCACGCCGCUCCACGUGGCGGCCGAGACGGGCCACACCAGCACCUCCCGGCUGCUGGUCAAACACAAGGCCGACGCCCAGGCCAAGACCUCCGAUGGCAGCACCGCCCUCCACCUGGCGGCCCAGCGGGGGCACCUGGCCACGGUCAAGAUGCUGAUCGAGGAGAAAGCCGACCUGCGCAGCACCAACCGCGCCCUUCGCACCCCGUGCCACCUGGCCGCGGAGGGAGGACACUGUGACGUCAUCAAAGAGCUCCUACAGAGCUGCCCUGAGACCGCUAACCAGCCCGAUGAGCUCGGCCUCACUCCGCUGCACCUCGCCCUCCGGGGGACACACGCAAACAUCGUCACCGUGCUCCUCUCCCACGGCGCUGAAAUGCCCCAGCCCUCCUCCGACACAGCACCCCAGAGAUCGCCACAGGUGACCGAGGACUCUUCAGAACCCGCUGCAGUCAGCCAGCCACAAAGGAGAGUUGUGAUCUUGAAACUCACGGAGCACGACAAUGCCAACCACCGGGACAGCAGCGGCUCUCUCUGCGCAUAUGCCUCUUGUUAAAGACCUCAUUGUGAUCAGUACAUUAACAGAGCCGCCACAGUUUGUAUACAGCUGUCUCUGGCCUCCAGCUGCCACUCUCCACUGCUCAUGUUCUAAUACAACAGACUACAGAGGCAUACCUGCUGUCGAGUGAAUUUUGUACAUAUUAUAAAUAUUUGGUAAUGGUAUUCAUUGCUUGUCAGGACAGAUGUAAUGAUUACUUUAGUGCUCUUGGCCUCCAUAAAGUCUA